AACUUUAUACUUUGGUUAUUUGGUAAUUAUUUUUAAUUUAUGUAUAGUAUGGAAACACAAUAUUUAUUGAAGAGGUUACAGUAAGAACGUAUUAUAGUGUUAUUGUGAAACACCAGAUUGUCUGGUUUAUGAAUAUUGGGAAAAAUAACAGUGUUAUUAUAUUACUUGAUUACAUUUUUAAAGUGAUGGUAGAAAAUUGAUGAAGAGAAGUAUUCUGCUCUAAGAAUAAGUGUCAGGACAUGUAAUAAUUGGACAUUUUCGUUUUUGAUAUAUUUUUGAUUUCCAUGUAAGAAAGAUAAAAUUACAGAAAUAUAUAAUUGGUUAAGAUCAACAAAGUUAUCAAAAUCUAAUUACCUGAGCCUUAUUAAAUGUUACUCUCGGCAUUCUUAUCAUAUAAAUGUAACAUACAUUGGCUUAAUUGAAAUUGAUAGUGACUCAAUCAAUAGAAAGAAAGGUUGUUGUGUUGGUGACAGACUUGUUCAAAUAUGAUCAGACUUCAGAAAAUAAGCGAAAACAAAAAACAACCCUACAAGUAAUUCCUACUGAGAGUACAGCUGAACAGAUUGUAGAUGGCAGGCCAAAUUGGGCCCCAGGGUCCUCAGAAAGACUACAUGUCUACCCGGGGCUGGCAGGACCCGCUGAAAACCAAGAUUGAUGACCCUGUCAGAUACACACCUUCCAAGUUCAAGAUUUCCCACGUUCAACCUACAACUAGCAUCUGGAAAGGGAAUAGGGACCUAUCCGACAUGAAAUAUCAGGAGUACAAGCUACCCGAUAUAGACCCCCUCACUGGGAAAUCCCGCCACCAACCAAGACCAAAACCAGCACGAAAACCCUCGCCGGUACCUGAUGACCCCACACCGCCACCACCAACUCCACCACCACCAACUCCACCAAAAGUUGAAGACAAUACACUACCAGUUGUUCUGGCCUUUGAUGGACGUUCUGUCGGCUCAGUGAAGAGAAUGAUUCUACUACAGCAGCUAGUGCCGUUGUGAUUUGUAAAUUUUGGGGUGAAGCCUUCUCAUAAAUAAGUGCCAUUUUAUUAGCGAGUGAAUCUACAACAUGACAUUAGAUCAGGAAAUACAGUUUAAUACUCAGCUAGUUUCAGAAAUCAAAUUCAACACUACGCUAUUACGCUACUCUUGUUGACAAGAUUUUCCCAUCCAGCAGUAUAUCACAGCUAUAUGAAGUUUGAAUCACUCAAGUGUAAAACUACAUAUAAUGUUCGCCCUUCUUAUUUAGCUUCAUUCUUUUUCUUCUGAUAAAUUAAUAAAAUCCUCAUUUUGGGCUAAGAAUGUGUUAUGUGAAAAUAGCAAUCUUACAACAGUUGCCAUUUUAUACAAACAAUUAUAAAAGUUGUUAGUACAGAAAGUUAUAAAGCCUUCCCAAUUCUCACUUUUUUUCUAAUGUUGAUUCAUUAUUUUUUUGUAUUAAAUGGUAACUCAUUAAGAACCUAUGUUUAGUUGCUAACUCAGGUCAAAAAAAAUUUCUGUAUGUGUAUAGAUAAUUUGAUUUUUAUUUCUU